UCGAAUUUGAACCGUGUGUGCUAUAAAAAACAAUGGAUAUGACGACGGACGGUGAGAUGAGAGAUGAAGAGGAGAAGAAGAGUGUGUCAAUUGAGGCGAUCCGAAAGAAGUUUACAGAAUGGGGGUUUUCACCUUAUGCGUUCCAAAUGUACAACUUGGACGAGGGAUCUUUAGUUCUGCCCAGUUUUCCUCACCCUCUCAACAAGCGUCCCAACCCUGACCUUUAUAUGAAUUAUUUUCUUAAAGAAUGCAAGCGUUACGAAAGCUUCGACUUCUCCAUCGAGCCAAUGAUCGUUGGUGAGGUGAAGCAUUGCAGCUACUCCGAGUUGGACAAGAUGACUAAUUACAAGAAUCGUGGAGAAAUUCAAAAGACUCUUACAGGAAGACUGUUCCAUGGCACCAUUGUUGAAGGAACUGUAACACGACCGGCUAUUGUAAAGACAUGGGAUUAUCUCUUUCCUAUGAAACCUGAGUGUGCUCCACGUCUAUAUAAAUUUUGUGAUGAAAUCAAGUUAUUAACGGAUGAAAGAGCAAAUAAGCAUCCAAAUUUGGUGAAGUUAUAUAGGUACUGUUUUGAUACGAGGCUUGCAGUUGUCUACGAUGCAAAAUUCACCGGAGUGUUGUCGAAUGUGCUUCUGGCUGACGACUUUGGGUGGGAUGAUCGGAUGAAAGUGGCAACGCAACUUGCUGAUCUCUUCUCAUGGUUGCAUGAGAAGGGGAUUGCAUUUGGUUAUGUUAGUGAUUCAUGCAUUAUGAUAGAUGAGGAAGUAAACAUAAAAGUAUUUGACUUUGGGUUUGUAUCAAAUAAUGUGAAUGAAGAUACUGAAAUUCCUGUAGAAGUUCGUGUUGGCUGGGAAGGUCCAGAUAUUCAGAAUGGUAAACGGACGAUGAAAACUGAUGUUUAUAUAUUUGGCAUUCUACUGCUAAAGCUGAUAGCCAAGAAUGCGUUUAUCUGUGCUGGUCCUUAUCAGCUGGAUCUGUGCGCUAUAGAUGAGGCUAAACUUGGUAAAAAAUAUUUGGUUCAUGAGUGCUUCAAAGAAGUUGAUUAUUCAAAUGCAUUUGAGAUCACACGUCUGGCAUUCCUCUGCUUGAAUCCCGAUCAUCCAGACAAGAGGCCAACCAUGAAGGACGUUGUAUAUGCUUUGAAAAUGAUGCAAAGGGGGGUGAAGAAACGAAAAAGAGAUGAAAAUGAGGCAGAAUAGAAUAGUCAAAAUCUAUCAAAAUACUUCUACAGAUUCUUUAGUGAAUGUUCGAUGUGGAUCGUCAUAUAUAUCUCUUAUUCACGCGAACCUAUGAAGAUGGUUAGUGAAAAUUUUUAUUAGUUAUAUGCAAUAAUGUAUAUAUUUAUUUCAAUUUGAUGAGGUUAAAUCAUGUAAUUAAUCGUAUCUCACUAAUAUUACCUUAUAGAUGAUAUUUAUUGUGUAUUUUUUUUCUCAUCUAACCAGAUGUGCUUUGCACGUGUAUUCCACAUUAAACUGUUUAGAUGUCAUAUGAA